AUGGGCAUCAAGGGACUGAUGAAGCUACUGGCGGACAACGCCCCCAAGGCGAUGAAGGAGCAGAAGCUGGAGAGCUACUUCGGCCGGAGGAUCGCCGUCGAUGCCAGCAUGAGCAUCUAUCAGUUCCUCAUUGUGGUUGGGAGGAAGGGGACUCAGAUGCUCACCAAUGAGGCUGGUCAAGUCACCAGUCAUCUGCAAGGCAUGCUUUACUGGACGAUUAGGUUGUUGGAAGCGGGGAUACAGCCAGUCUACGUGUUUGAUGGUCAACCUCCUGAUUUGAAGAAGCAAGAGCUUGCAAAACGUUUUUUUAAGAGGGCAGAUGCCUCUGAGGAGUUGGCAUUAGCCAUUGCGUCUCAGAACAAGCAAGACAUAGAGAAAUUCAGUAAAAGAACUGUGAAGGUGACACAACAGCACAAUGAAGAUUGCAAAAGACUACAAAGAUUUAUGGGUGUCCCACUAGUUGAGGCUCCUUCAGAAGCAGAGGCACAAUGUGCUGCACUUUGCAAAGCUGGAAAGGUUUAUGCAGUUGCUUCUGAAGAUAUGGAUUCCCUUACUUUUGGAGCUCCUAGAUUUCUUCGCCAUUUUAUGGAUCCCAGCUCAAGAAAAGUUCCAGUCAUGGAAUUUGAAAUUUCCAGGAUCUUGGAGGAGAUGAAUCUGGAUAUGGAUCAAUUCAUUGACCCUUGCAUUCUCUCUGGAUGUGACUAUUAUGAAAGCAUUCGAGGUAUUGGAGGGCUGACUGCUCUUAAGCUCAUCCGUCAACAUGGUUCCAUAGAAAACAUACUAGAGAACAUAAACAAGCAAAGGUAUCAGAUACCCGAUAAUUGGCCCUAUGGCGAAGCUCGACUGCUUUUUAAGGAACCAAUAGUUUCUACGGAAGAACAACCUGAGAUAAAAUGGACUGCUCCAAAUGACGAAGGCUUAAUGUCCUUUCUAGUGAAUGAGAAUGGGUUCAACAUUGACAGAGUGACAAACACGAUAGAGAAGAUUAAGGAAGCUAAGGAUGAGUCAUCACAAGGCCGAUUAGAAUACUUCUUUAAGCCAGCUAAGAAUCUAUCUAUACCUGCUAAGAGGAAGGUAUGUCAUCUUGAUAUAUUUGAGUACUGAGCACCUAGAAUUUACCUUCUUUUAAUGUAUGUGAAGGUGUAAUGUCACACAUUGCUCUAGCAAAGAGAUGUCUUCAGAUGCAACUUUUGAUGGAUGAAUAGUACUCCCUUUAACUCACUUCAUAAGCCAUUGA